AUAUAAUUGCAUGCAGGUGGGACAUAAAGGCAGCAGAUCAACUAGAGGAGUUCUAUAAACUCCUCUUCCUUAAUCUAUAUAACACAUUCAAGGAAUUUGAGGAUGAGCUCACAAAAGAAGGAAACUCCUAUAGAGUGGAAUAUCUAAAAGAAUCACUCAAAGAAGUAUCAAGGGCUUAUUUUAAAGAAGCCAAAUGGAGGGAUGAAGAUUAUGUGCCGCCUCUUGAAGAAUAUCUGAGUGUUUCAUUGAUCACCUGUUGCUAUACUGUGUUACCAUGUGCUUCUUUUGUUGGCAUGGGAGAAGAAGCAACAAAAGAGGCAUUUGAUUGGGUUACAAGCUUCCCAAGAAUCAUAAAGUCUAUUUGCUCAAUCUGUCGUCUCCUGGAUGAUGUUGUGUCCAAUGAGUUUGAACAAGAGAGGAAGCAUGUCUCAUCGGCGGUCCUUUGCUACAUUAAAGAGCAUGGUACUUCAGUGCAGGAGGCAUGUGAGAAGCUAUUGGGAAUGAUUGAAGAUGAAUGGAAAAUUCUAAACCAGGAGUGUCUUAGUAUGACUGCUGUGCCAAAAUCUUUGAUCAUGCGCAUCAUCAACCUCGCACGAAUGAUGGAAACCAUAUAUAGGAAGUAUGAUUCAUACACGCACUCUUCAGCUAUAAUGAAAGAUCAUAUCACAUCAUUGCUAGUCGAGCCAAUUUCCUUCUAAGAAGGCAACAGUCCUCUUUUGUUCCUACAAGUUCAAUGACAUAUCGAUGAUGUUGUAGAUUUGGA